AGCAGUAGCAGCAGCAAAAAAAAAUCUAAUUCGACAGCAGGUUGGUCGGGACGACCUUUUCGGAUUUGCUCAUUCUCAUUUCUGUUGUGUGUAGCAAAUCGAACGGAAUAGCAUUGAACAAAAAAUUUCUGACACAAAUGGUCUAGGAAAAUAAGAAGUCGUGAUUUUUUUUUUAAUUUGUUUAGUGUAGUAGUGGCCAUCUAGAAAAGGAAGCUCAAAAUGGGUAACGAAACGUCAUUACCCAUGGAGAUGUGUUCGAACUUCGACGCAGAUGAAAUUCGACGCCUGGGAAAACGCUUCCGUAAAUUGGAUUUGGAUAAUUCGGGAGCGUUGAGUGUCGAUGAAUUUAUGUCGAUUGCUGAGCUACAGCAGAAUCCGUUGGUGCAACGUGUCAUCGAUAUAUUUGAUGCGGACGGCAAUGGUGAGGUCGAUUUCAAGGAAUUUAUACAAGGUGUUUCACAGUUUAGCGUUAAAGGCGAUAAAUUGUCCAAGCUCCGAUUCGCAUUUCGUAUCUAUGACAUGGACAACGAUGGUUUUAUAUCAAACGGCGAACUAUUUCAGGUGCUGAAAAUGAUGGUCGGCAACAAUCUGAAAGAUACGCAACUUCAACAAAUCGUCGAUAAGACGAUUGUUUUUGCCGAUAAAGAUGAAGAUGGUAAAAUAUCGUUUGAAGAAUUUUGCUCGGUAGUUGGUAAUACUGAUAUCCACAAGAAGAUGGUUGUUGAUGUUUAAAAAAAAUCACCGCAUAACAAAAAAAGAUAAACAACAUCCCAAUGCCAACACAUUAAAACACAACAGAUACAGAAAACAAAAAUUCCACAAACCAGAAUAAAUUUUUUGAGCAAACAGUAAAAAAAACAUGUACGAAAAAGUGAAAUAAUAACACAACAACAAAAAAUCCACACAAUGUAAAGAAAUAUCUGUUUUUUCAUAAUGAAAAAAAACCUACAUACAACAGCAACAGCAACCACAACAACCUGAAACUUGCAGCUAGCAAGUUAGCUAAAUUUAGCAAAUGAAAAAAAAGAGAAUAUAAAAUUUAACCACUUUCUAUACUUUGUUAUAAAAUACAGCCAAUAAUGCGGAGUAUUUUCCCCGUCAUCUCUCCAUCUUCAGAAUCGUUUUAGUUUUUCCGUUUGGUUCUUCGGAGUUGUGUAAUUUUUUCUCGAUAAAACAAACAAAAUAACUAUCGGUAAUUAAGCUUCUACUCAUUACGAAACAAAAAAUAACAAAAAAAAACAACAAAAGAAGAAAAAAAAACACAAAUAAUUGUAAUCGAUGGAAUGGCUAUUGGAAAAACCAAGAAAAAAAAAAACAAAAUGGGAAAAAAAUUGAAUAAACACGCUUAGAAUGAAGCACGUGCUCUAGUCAGUCGUUCGCAUGCAUAAACAAAUGCUGUUCAAACCAUUUUUCUUUAUUGUACAGGAAUUCAUCGGAUGUCGAUGUUCCUUUUUUAGUCGCAGGCAUAACGCAACUAGAUUCAAAAUCAGGAACCGACCGAAAAAUUAUGAAAUUUUGCACACAGUGCAAAAUCAUUCAGUCAAAAUAGAAACUUAUUGAUUUCUCGUCGUCGUCACAGCGAAAUGCACAUCACUUACUACCACAUAGAAGAAUGCCGAACAAAAAAGAGAAGAAAAAAAAUGAAUUAAUUUGUAAUCAAUCAGCAAUGUUUUGAAUGUUUAUUUGAUUUAUUUCGAUUUUUAUUCCUCAUUUUUGGAAUCGAGAGCAAGCAAAAAAAAAAUUGAUGAACUAAUUAAGAGUACUGUAUAAAUAUAAUGAGUAAACUAUGAUAAAGAUUUUUUUUUCUUUCUUUUUUUUCUGUUGUGAAUGAAUUCAAAGCAAAGAAAAAACCACUCUUAUUGGAAUCUUAUUGAACAUGUUUGUUUCGUUUGUUUGGAGUAUUUUCUCUGUCUGAAAAAAAAAAACUUAAGUGAUGAAUCUUUUUGUUGUUUGUGUGUGUUUCGAAAAUGAAUUAUCGGAUUUUCAGUGCAAUUGCACGCCAUUUCCUGAAGAAAAAUUUACUCUUUUCCUCACUGAAUGUAUUCGCUAUGCAACCAACAAAAGAGGAGCCAAGCUACUGUAACUAAUAUUUUAAAAAAAGCACAGGGAGUUUCACAUUACCAACAAAUGAAGAAAAGAAAACAAACACACACAAAACAAGGACUAACAGAGACGAUCAUGAUGUAUUGAAAGUUAAGCAAUUGUUUGAUAUUGUAGUGACCCUGAUCCAUUGCACCUGAAAUGCAGACACACGUCAACAUCGUCGUCGAGAAGGGAGAGGGAGCGCUGCGCUCGCAAUAAAUUCAUCAUUUUGUGGACCAAACACACAUACAUUUUGCUUAAGCGAAAUCACAUACGUUCAACGCUUUAUUGGGGGUUUCUUUUUAUACCUGAGCACGGCUCUUCUUAUUCGUUUUUCUUUCUUGUUUUUAUACUCUCACAUUUUUAACCUAUUUCGAAACGUUCUUCUUUUCUUUUGCUUUUAGUGCAAUUACUAAAAUAUAUUUAAAAAAAAAAUUAUAAAUAAAAACAAAUAGAAUCAAAAAGUAAAAAAAAAACUGACGAGAUGUAACAAAGAAAAAGUAUAAAAAAAAUCGGUUUGCCACUGCUGGCUGGCUUUCAAUCAAAAUACGUCUUAUUAAUUCGAGUAAUAAUUCUUUCGGAUAGACUUCGAAAUGGACACUUUUUUUCUCGAUAUUGUUGCAUCGCCUUGAGCAUAUAUAUAUAUAUAUAUUUUUUUUUUUUUUUGGUGGGGGGAAGUUUUCAUGUUGCUCUGUUUAUUUCUACACACAUACACGGUUUACAUUCCGAAAAAAAGGACGAAUCGUGCAUUAAAUUCGCAAUAUUUUUUUAAAUGUAAAUAUCGUGUUUUGCGAAUAGAACGAACUACGUUGUGAGCAACCAUGUGAUGUGUGUGUGUUUUGCGUGUGCCACUAUUUUGAAAUAGUGUCUAUGCUGUAUUGCACAUGCAUCGUAUGCACACGCCUCAUAUUAAGCAACACAAAGAAGAAACAUAAAAUCGCUAGCAAAAACCAACUGAAUGAACAUCAACCUCCAAAGCAAGCAACUCUAUUUUCAAACACAAUAAAAAUAAAUCUCUAGACAAAAAUAAAAACAUGGAAUACCUUUUUUUUGAAACUUAAGUAAUUGUACUCUACUAACUAAAACUAACUUACUAUUAAAAGAUGAUGAAAAACAAAAACAUCUAAAAUUCAAAAAAAAAAAACUAACAUCUAUACAAAUGAAGAUAAAAUCACAUUUUAAAUGAAACAUUGCCUUUCGAUUUUCGUUGUGUUAGUUUAUUUUGAAUAGAUUAACGAAUAACAUGAAGAAAAAAAAAAUACUUAAAUAUAAAACUUUUUGAAUUAAUUUGAAUGGGAAACAAAAAAAAAGAAGAAAAAAAUGGAGACAAAAAUAACCAAUGGAUGAUACAAAAAGAAAAUCAUUUUCUGAAUUGAAACACACACUCUAACCAUUACUAACUAUUUAAUGAAUUUAUUUACUACGACAAAGAAAGAAAAAACGUGAAACCAACAUAAUAAAAAAAAAAUGACACAAAAUAACUUAUAAAUAUUAUUGACAUGAUUUUUAGGUAAUAGACAUUCAACUUAAAUACAAAUUUCACAAAAUGCGAAAGAAAAAAAAACAUAGGCGAUUCCUUCCGGUGGAAGGAGACGACGAUGAGCAGACAAAACACGAAGAAAGAGAAGAAUAAUUAAUAUUCAUAAAAAAAAUGAGGAAAAAAAAGAAGAAGAAUCAUAAACACACAGAAUGCCGUACACUCUAAAGGAAUGUCGUUGUCUCUUCUCUUUUUUUCCGAAAAAAAAAUAAAAACAAAAAACAAAUUCAUUCGAUAUGUGCCCAUCACACAAGCAUCAUCAUCACUAAUCAACUCUUUCUCUCUCUCUUUAUAAAUAUAUAUAGAUAAAGAUUAAAGAUAAAUGAAGUAUGUAGAAAUAAACAAAACAAAAAACAACUAGAUAUUUUUAGCGUAAAUUAUUAUCUCGAUUCUAUUUUUUUUUCGUUUAAUUUCGGUUCUAAAAAUGGUUAAGAGGUUCGAGGGUUCAAUGCAAUUGUAUUGUGGGUUGCGAAGCGCAUUAUUUGGAUAUUCGGUGUAAUGAUGAUUUGUUUAUUUCUCGCAUUUACCAUCACUUACCGGUCAUUUCUGCAUCGAAUAUGCUCAUACAUAUUCUUUCGUGUGUCCGACAAUUGUAUUGAAUUUUUGCUGUUUAUUUAUUGUUUGUUUUUUUCAUUCUGUUUUUUUUUUUGUUCGUCUGUUAAAUUCGUCUAUUUUAAUCAAAAAUCGCCAGAUACAAUCGAUCCGGACGAGAAAAAUAAAGAACAAAGCCAGAAACCAUAAACACUUAAAAGAAAGCCUCUGAUUAAAGAAAUACAAAAAAAAAUCAGCUGCAUUUAUCUCAAACACUCAGCUAGACUCUGAAAUUUAAUGGAACAACUUCAAGCGGCAGCCGGCACACAAUCUCUCGGGCACUUUGAAGACAAAUCUCCCACGAGAAUAUACCCAAUUAUAUUUACAACACACAAUUGAUGCAAUCGACCGGCUCACAGCCAUACCAACGAAUGUAUUUCAUUGUUCUGGUGCAGUUCUGUAAUUCUCACAUCUAAUCUUUGGCUUCACCAUCAACACCACUCGCUCCCAGAAUAAUCUAGACGCAAUCCGAAAGCACAGAGUUGUGAGUUUGAUACACACACACACACACACACACACACCGAGUGCAAAGUUUCUCUUCAUCAGAAUGCGCAAAUAUCACAGAAAAAAAAGGAAAAGAAAAAUCGAAACUGAAUAAUUGCCAUCAUGUUGUGAGUAAGAUUGAGAGAGAACUAUGUUGUUGUAAGUUGGCAUUAGUGUGGUUUGCCAAAGAUAAAUUUCAGCGAGUUAGCAUGCCUGGUGCCUUUCCGUGUAUGUAUAUCUAUCUCAGAGAUGUCCGUUUGUCAGACAGCCAAUCAUACGCAAUGCGGUUGAGCAAUAUGAUUGAAACAGAGACAUAAAACCAAAAAAAAAACACAUCAACUCUCUGUCUCUCUCGAUCGAAUUGCAAAGUCAAACUAGUCCAUAUUUGUUCGAUUAUUUUUCGUUCGUUUUCAUUUUCACGAUUUCGUUUGUUUUGUGUGUCACAUGAUUCUCAAAUCUGUAGAUUAUUGAUUUUUCAGCACUUCAAACAAAAUAGUUGAAUUCAAAAUAACGCUUUGCUCUAACAAACAAAAAAUUUUAAUACAAAAAAUGGACGAAAAAAGCAAUGACAAAAAAAAUCAUUAAAAUCGAUUAAAUACAAAGUAAAAAAAAAAUCUUCACUAUUUAGAUCGUUAUAUGAUUUAUUACUAUUUUUAAGUAGAUAAAAAAAAUAAAGGAAGAAACAAACAAAAAAAAAGAUCUAAGACAAAGCAGAAAAGAAGUAAAUAUAAAUAUAAAUUUAACUCUAUUUUAAUUAUAUCUCGUACCUUCUUUGACACUGACAAAACAACAACAACAAAAAAAUAUGAAUUUAAUGAUGAUAAAUGAUGGGAAAAAAAAUACACAGAAAAAAAAAUUGUAUAACUAUUUGUUUUGCUGCUAUAAAAAGACGCUUUCGCUUUUCCUAUCUCGGUUCAUUUUUUUUUAUAAAUAUAUUUAUUAUAUAUUAUUAUAUAAAUAUAUGUAAUUCUAAACACACACGAUGAAGGAAAAAAAAAAGUAUUCAAAUGCAAAAUUCAGCAAUAGUAACCAGUCACACACUCACUCACCACACCACUAAAAUGAAACUCUUUUUAACUUUAACACAUUCUCACAAAAAUCACAUGCAAUUGUAAAAAUAGUUAUGAAUUAAAUGAUAAAAAAAAUUCACACCUAAAGCGUUAUUUAAACAAAAUAGUCUAAAUGAACAUACAUUUAACACCUAAGAGAAUCGCAUACUAGAAAUGAACCACUCAUUUAAAAAAAAGAGAGUAAGAUAGCGAAAUCACUCUCAUCUAGAAUGAAAUACUAAAAAAAAAUGCAAAAAUUUUUUUCACAAAAUGUUUAUUUUUUACUUUUUUUGGUUAAUCUGAUCCGACUUCGGUUUUCUCUAUUGUUUUCGCUAAACUAUUUGUAAUCUCGUAUUGAAUUCCUUACGGUCUGGUUUAGAUUUUGUACCUAUUGUACGAAUGAUGGCAUCCCCUCAAAUGAAAAGCGAAUAGUUCCAUUACCACCAACGUUUGCUAAAAGUAUUUUAUUGAAAGAGUUUCGAAUGUUAUCGAUUCGAGGCGACGCGAUUUGAAUUGGUGACAAUCAAUUUAUGCUUAUCCCAUUCAUUGUCGCUCAUUCAAGCAUCGUGUCGGAAUUUCGUUGUUUGAGCUCACAAUUCAGAGCCAAAUGAAUAUGAAGCUGAUUCGCGCUGAUUUUGUUUAAAUUUCGCAAAUGGAAUAUGCCAAACACAAUACAAUUGUGGUAUGGCGUUUGAAUGACAGGCUUCAGUCUGUUCAUCCAAAACGGUAAUCGAUAAACAUGCUAACGCUUUCAAUGCAACACAAAUCUAUCUCAAGCAUUUUUUCACUAAAAAUGCAGAUGCAUGCGUUCAAUCUACUCGGAUCAUGCAUUCUGUUGAAGUAAAAAAAAAAAAACAAAAAAAU